GCGUUGUCAUGUAAACAUCAAAUACAAAAUGGCGCCGAAAUUGGCAGUGACCUGACAUUCUAACAUAAAGACGUGCAUUGUAAACAGCCAAGAUGACAGCAUACAAAUUCACAGCUCACAAACAACUACGCCAGUUGCUCAAUAAUACAGAAGUUGUUCAGAAAAAGGACAUUAAGGACUAUGCAGGGGGUCACUUGAACCAGUCUAAAUUGUACAGGCCCCCAACACAGUGGGCAAACAAAAAUUGGAACAAGACCAACCCAGAACCACUCUCAACCAAAUCUAAGUCUAAGAGCACCAUUGUUGUGAGCACGAGGCAACCUACAGAAAGAGAUCACAAGAUGAAAGACGUUCUGUAUGAUUUCAGUAUCGGUACAUCAGGUAGUUUACCAACGCAUCAAACAAUUAGGCCACCAAGAAGUCCUAGAAAGGUUUCAGAGUCACGAACAUCUACAAGAAAAUGUCCAAGUGCUUCAUCCAAUAGGUCACUUUAUACAGAAAUGGAAAAGGAUGGUGUCUAUGUGGAAGAACUAAAGACAGAUGAAGUGAUGUUAUCUUCACCAAGGAUCACAAAUUCUAAAGGCAAGAAGCUGCCGCCUGUGGAGGACAAUGAGUACACAGUGAUGGAGGACCUGGCCAAAAGUUUAGCGGAGGAAGGACUCCUAACAUUCAGACAUACUUUCUUACCUACACACCACAUGGGUGUGACAAAAAAGGACCAGUAUAUUAAACUUAUGAGUUUUGAAACAGAUAUCCUAAAGAAGCAAGAAUCAAAUGAGAAGAAAGUUUUGUCUGGUGAAAAAGCUGUAAAACAUUUAGAGGAGAGACUUCAGCAGGAACUUGAUUCCAUGAAUUUUUUUGACAUGGGUCCAAAUUUUCACAAGCUGCAGAUAUAUAGUAAUACAUUUGAAGACUUGAUAGAAGACUCCCCAACAUUUGUGUAUAUCCUUCGAGCUGUCAAGACUGAAUAUGAUAACUACAUCUCAAAACUGCUGGACACCCAAACUCCUCAACAUAGUAAGUUAUUAAAGGAACAAGUACAGCAGAUGGCCAGUCGUGGAACAUCACGCCCUGAUGACCUCCAGGAUGCUAAGGAUAGGGUGUCUCACCUGGAACAAAAGGCCAAAGACAAACUGGAGGAGAACGAAAAGUUGAGGAGGAUGGUGGAGGAGGAAGAAGAGUGGCUGGCCACUGUUCCUGAACCAGAUCUUCAACGGAAGAGAUCCAGUGUGUUCCGGGAGGAAGGUCCCGCAGAACUGGCUGACGAAAUUGAGCAUGCAAAGGCUUUAAUUCUGGAAAAGCUUGAUGAUCUCAACAAUCUGAGAACAAAACUACGGGAACAGUAUGUUCCCCUCACUGUGUGUACACACCUAGAACAGUGUAUUAAGGAAACAGAGGUUGAGGUACAAAAACUGCUGAAGCAGAAUGAGUACUUUGAGAGAAGUAUUGAAGAGAUGGAGGUGGAUCUGAAAGAGGCUAUCCAACAAGCUGACACCAGUGAGAGGGACGCCAAGCGAAUCUGGAGAAAAGUGAACUCCAGGAGGGGGCUGCCUCACAUUCCAAAUCUGAUGAACGGAGGAGCACACGAAAGUGAUGAUGAUGAAGAUGAUGAAAGUAAAUGGAACUGGUAUAUCUCCUAAACAUCCUGGUCAACACAACUUGUAAUUGAGGCCCUGUGGGAUACCAGGUGUGGCUACCACUGGCUACAAUAUUAUACUGUACACGUGUGAACUAAAACCAAGGAGAUUUCUACAACAUACAGGCUACUGUGUGCGUAAUAAAACAGGAGAUUUCUACAACAUACAGGCUACUGUGUGCGUAAUAAAACAGGAGAUUUCUACAACAUACAGGCUACUGUGUGCGUAAUAAAACAGGAGAUUUCUACAACAUACAGGCUACUGUGUGCGUAAUAAAACAGGAGAUUUCUACAACAUACAGGCUACUGUGUGCGUAAUAAAACAGGAGAUUUCUACAACAUACAGGCUACUGUGUGCGUAAUAAAACAGGAGAUUUCUACAACAUACAGGCUACUGUGUGCGUAAUAAAACAGGAGAUUUCUACAACAUACAGGCUACUGUGUGCGUAAUAAAACAGGAGAUUUCUACAACAUACAGGCUACUGUGUGCGUAAUAAAACAGGAGAUUUCUACAACAUACAGGCUACUGUGUGCGUAAUAAAACAGGAGAUUUCUACAACAUACAGGCUACUGUGUGCGUAAUAAAACAGGAGAUUUCUACAACAUACAGGCUACUGUGUGCGUAAUAAAACAGAUUUCUACAA